AUGCCCAAGCUCCGCGUCCUAAUCAGCACGUCCACAGCUUAUCCACCGAGCACACAAUGCGUGGUAAACGGCCCGCCCGCGCGCGUGAGGACAGAGCACUUUGAAGGAGAGAUCAGUGUCUUCAUCAAGGGCUUUGAGAGCGACGGUGACGAGGGGGAUGAGGGGGAAGCGUUCUUCUCAUCCCGUCCAGAACUGACAUACGCCCUCGUCGUGCGCGGUCGAUACCUCGACAAUGUGGGUGGUGACGAUUUGGUAUUUGGCAACGUGUUUGAGCGCCCGAUCCGCGACUCGUUACCGUGGGGCACAGCGAUAGCUACGCGGUUCAUGCACUUCGUCGACCCAACCCUCGAGCUCGACGUAUACGCCGAUAAACCGUGGGCUCUCUCCCCGGUAUUGGCGACGAUGAACCGUCUCUCCCUGACUAAAGAGGAGGCACCCACCGCCAUGGGAAUCUUCCGUGCUGUCGAAGAGGACGCACUCCACAUCCUGGAUCGGCCUGAGACGAGUAUAUCGGAUCGCCGAAAGUGCUUUGGAACAGCAGAGAAUCGCGAGCGUAUCACUUUUGAUAGCUCGCUCCAGACGGGGAUGGAGUUUGGGUCUGGGUUGCUUGACUUGGCGACCCUCUCUGUCACGCUUCCGAAUUCCUUCCCGCUCUCCGUGUCCCUCCUGUCGUACUGGGAUGGCCAGCCGGUCAUAUAUGUCUGUCGCCGGCGCAGUGAGAACCCCGUCACGCCCGAGGGGAUGUAUUGGAGCGUGGCGUUUGAGAUCGUCGAUGAAGAGGCUAUUGCCGCGCUUGAGAAGCGGGGGAAGAGCGUCCUCGCGCUCCAGGUUAAGGAGCCCGUCGACCAGGCCGCCGAGGCCCCCAAGCCUCUUGCCUCUGAGGCAAUCCCACCCAAUGUCAAGGCCGAGACUGGGCCAGGGCCGGCUGACCGGGGUAACGCUGCAGACGACAGCCUUAGUGACGACAUCGACUAG